AUGGAACAAUGGACAAUGGGUGCAUCAACGGAAAAGGAUGCAAGACUAUGGUUUCAUGUGAGCCCCCACGAGACUGCUUCGACAACAAUCCAGGAACAACGUAAAGCUCGGCAUACCUUUCUGACAAGUGACGGCUGGACGUUGGAAGACCCUGCACACUUCGGACACGUAUCUGGACACAUCACUCAAAUCAGCAAUUUUGCAGAGUGUCAUGUGUCUUACCCGCCCAAGCCAUUCAACUACGUUGAGAAACACAUGUGCUUAGAAUGGUUGCAGUUUAUUGACCAUCUCAAGGGUACAUCAUAA